GGUGCUUGAGCUAAACCACUGCUCAUUUAUAUUGUAGCUUGUCAUGAUGGUAAGUCACUUUGAAUAAAAGUCUCACCCAAUAAGCGCAAUAAGCUUCUACACUGCGCACUCUCAGUUCAAGAAUCAGCAAUUUCCACAAGAUGAAUGAUUGCAUUUUAAGAGCUGGGAAUUUUUUUAUUUUUUUUUGCAGGUUUAUUUCCUAAGGAACAUUGCAACUGAAAUUGAAAUGUAAUAUAUCCAGUGUAUGGCGGCUAAUUGAAGUGCAGCUUGAUGCAGUCUUUGAUAAAACUUUCAGGUUUACAGUGGAAAAAAUAACUUGUUGAUUUUUUAAAUACUGGUUGAUUAUUUACAAAAAAAAGUAUUUUUGAAUUGACUCAAAUAUUAAAAUUUAAAAAUAAACAUUUUCAACUGAUGAAAUUAAGUUAGUCAUGUUUUAAUGGGGGUGAAAUUAGAUAUAUAUUUUUACUAAUCUAGCAAUCCAUUAGAUGAUUUAAAUUUUUAAAACAACUAUACCGGUUAGGCUGAAAACAUCAUUUAGUCUCUGGAAGUUUGCUGGUCAUAUAUGCAUGACUAAUGCUACGAAGAUUGAAAAUGAAUUAAUCAGAAGUAAAUAACAGUAAUGACUGAAACCCCAGGGAAUAAUUACUUAUCUAAGACUUUUUUCCCUUUUUGUAAACAACAACCAAUAAUUUCCUAAGGACAGAACAAAAACAUCAAAAAACUGUGGUAAUCAACUCUCCAAGAUUCCACUGAUUAACAUAUUUCCUCAAGGAAAUCUUAGGUCUGUUUAAGAUCACUUAAAGUGAGACAAGUAGAUAAUGUUUACUUGUUUUUCAAAUUCCAUGCAAAUAUAGGAAAGUUUCCGACCAAAUAAAAUGAAUGCAGUGAUUAACGCAGCUAACGAGACACGGCUGGAACACUAUUAAUGACUAGUUGAGUAGGCGGAGACUCCAGAUACAAUUAGGAGAAAGACACAAUAAAAGGCCACUGUUGCUGACUGUCUUAAUAUUGGUGUGUGCAGUUUGGGAGCAAUGGCAAAUACAAGGGUAAGUUUAGCACUUGUGGGGCUUUUUCUGGUCUUCAACUAUGUGAGCAGUACACCUGCAUCCCCACAAGCUGUGAAAAUGCCACCUCAAGCUCCUCAGCUUCCUGGGAAACCCACUUUACAGCCACAGGUGCCUGGCCAGGUUGCAAAAUGCCAAGUGCAAGAUUAUGAAAGGGUUCCUUGUGGAGAACCUGGCAUCAACGGUGAUCAGUGCACCAGUAUAAACUGCUGUUUUGAUGGCCAACAGUGCUAUUAUGGGAAAAUGGUGACUGUCCAGUGUACCCUUGAUGGCCAGUUUGUGCUGGUGGUGGCCAGAGAUGCAACAGUUCCCAGGAUAAGCUUGGAGUCCAUCAGCAUGUUGGGAGGAAACACUGGACCCUGUAGUCCUGUUGACUCGAAUACAGCCUUUGCUAUAUACCAGUUUCCUGUAACCGCUUGUGGGACGACCAUGAUGGUACAAGGUGGCUAUGUGGCCUAUGAAAACAAGAUGCUCUCUUCCUAUGAAGUUGGAGUUGGACCCCGAGGUGCAAUCACCAGAGACACUCACUAUGAGCUUUACUUCCAGUGUAAAUAUUCAGGUGUUAGCUUAGCCACUCUGGCUAUUGACCCUUCAGCCAAUGCUGAUCCUCCUUCCAUUGUUGCUUCUGGACCACUCCAAGUAGAACUAAGACUAGGAAAUGGUCACUGUGUUGCAAAGGGGUGUGUGGAAGAUGAAGUAGCCUAUACCUCGUACUACAGUGCUGCUGACUACCCUGUGACUAAGGUUCUAAGGGAACCAGUGUAUGUUGAAGUGCGCAUUGUGGGAAGAACUGAUCCAAAUAUUGUCCUGGCUUUGGGAGGCUGUUGGGCGACUGCUUCCCCUAACCCCUACAGCCUUCCCCAGUGGGACCUUCUGGUGAAUGGGUGUCCCUAUAAGGAUGACCGCUAUUUGACCAAGCUGAUGCCAGUUAAUGGGAUGUCUGGACUUGCAUACCCUACCCAUUACAGACGCUUUGUCCUGAAGAUGUUCACAUUCGUGGAUCCAGACUCUAUGGCUCCAAUGCAUGAGACGCUCUACAUCCACUGCAGUACAGCUGUAUGUCUUCCAACUGCCCGAGAUUCCUGUGAACCGACAUGUGCCAGAAGAAGAAGAGAUGUUGCAGCAGAUGGGAGCUCUCCAAGCACAUCAGGCAUAGUGUCGAGUGGAGAAGUUAUCUUUACCCAAGUUUAGGAUGAAUCUGUUAAAUAAAGGUGUUUUUGCUCUGCAAUUACAUGACUUAUCUUUCUCUACAAUGUGUCCAGGUUGUC